CAUGUAGACGUAAACUACGGAGCUAACUACACGACAGGACUGUACAUGGAGUGGGACGUAUCGCUGAUAUGUAUGGGAGUCGAAUGACGUUUAGCGCUUGCGUCCAUCGACGAGAAGACCAAUCGAUAUACGAUACCCAGUCAAUUCUGAGUGACAUCAACACUAACCACCUAAUCAGUAUUCUAAUACUUGUCCUUCAUCCUCUAUUCUCCAAGUCUAUGCAGUCCACUUCAGCCAAGCAAAUAAUAACUGCUACAUUAGUAUGGUGUUCGAUAUCAGAUAGUCCU